AUGAUACACUCUAAUCUCCGACCUGAGAACUUUCUGUUACACACUGUCGCCGGGAAUAUGCUCGAUCUUCUGCUCUGUGACUUUAGGGGGUUAAUAAAUAGAGAAAUAGAUAGUCGGCACCUCCCCGACGCCGGAUUUUUUAAUCCUUAUAAUCCGCCCGAAUCGACGAAAAGCACGGAUAUUUUCAGCCUCGGGUCUAUCUACUAUAUAAUAAUGACUGGUCUAUUCAAGUCCCUCGAGGAGAUGGAAAAAUAUGAAGAAUUAGUUGAAGACCUGUUUGCCUCCAAAAGUUACCCGCCUGUUGAUGGACUGGCAGCUAGGUCCGUGAUAUAA